UCAUGUUUUCCUGUAUAAAUCUUCUAGAAUGAUACUUCAAAAACACAGCUUUGCAAAGUUUUUAUCCAAUCAGCCUAUCUAAUCUUCAAAGUAAAUUAAAGUUGCGAAUGAUUUCCAAAAAACAAUAAGAAAUAUGGAGUUACCUGAAAUCUUGCACUGCUGAAUAUCAUUUGGGCUUUUGAGUUUAUCCUUCCCUAACAUCCAAGUUGCUAUAUUCCAACAACUGCCUUGAAAUGAAGGGUCAUUUUCUGCAAAACCCAGGUCCAAUCAAAAUGUGUGUAUGUAUGUUUCCAUGCAUGCUCUCUUUUUAUCAGUCUGUUUUGACAGUGAUGAACCAGCUGUCUUCAAAGAUGAGACUGACAGGUUACAAUUAAGAUCUAGUCCAAAAUGUAAUUGUCAACAUUGAAACUACAUUUAGUUUUUUGUUGUGUGUUUUUUUUCUCCAGGUGUUUAUUGACUGCAAUGGAUUGGACUUCCAGGUCUGAUCAUGCCCAUCUCUUCACUGAUAACUCUUCUGGUGACUCUUACCUGGAAUGGUCCAAUCACUGGGAUCUGCAUAACAGUAGUAUUUUUUCACGAACAGAAAAAAAUAUUCCUGAGUCAUCAGUUAACGUGACUUUACAGGUGCCUGAAGAGAAAUUUGAUCCAUUGGGUGGUCAUACUGUGUGGCAGGUCAUCAUCAUUGUUUUCCUUACUGGAUCCCUUUCAUGCGUCACUGUUGUUGGCAACAUCCUGGUUUUAGUGUCAUUCAAGAUAAAUAAGGCUCUGAAGACAGUUAACAACUACUACCUCCUCAGUCUAGCCUUUGCUGACUUGACCAUCGGCACUUUGUCAAUGAAUCUUUAUACUACCUACAUCAUCAUGGGCCAGUGGGCUCUUGGACCUGUGGUUUGUGACUUGUGGCUUGCAAUAGACUAUGUGGCCAGUAACGCCUCUGUCAUGAACCUGCUCGUCAUCAGCUUUGACAGGUAUUUCUCUGUGACCAGACCUUUGACUUAUCGGGCUAAACGUACAACCAAACGAGCUAUGACCAUGAUUGGAUUAGCCUGGUCCAUCUCCUUCAUUCUUUGGGCCCCCGCUAUACUGUUCUGGCAGUACAUUGUGGGUCCUGCAACACCACAACAAGUACAGCAGAUGAGGCAGAGCGCAGCAGUUGUGAUGGCUUUAACAGCAAUGUGGUUGGUGCUUCUGGGGAUCAAACAGGGUCAGAGGUAG